AUGGAAAAUGAAAAACAGACAUAUCUUAAUGCAAUCAAUAUCAAUCCAAAUGAUAAAGAUGCACUCGUCCAACUUGCAAUGACACUUGAUCCUAUUGAUCAACAAGCAAUCACACUUCUAUCAGGUGAAUCAAUGACCAAAGAACAAUUCUUAUUGAAAGUCAUCUCUCUGGAUCCAAAUUUUGCCAAUGCUUAUCACAAGCUGGCAAUAGUUAUUUCAGAUGAGAAUCGAGCGUCUAUCGUACUUCCAUCAGGUGAAUCAAUGACAGAACAACAAUUAUACUUGAAGGCAAUAGAGUGUGAUCCAACUUAUCCAGAUUCAUAUCAUAACCUUGCAUUAACUCUUACAAGUGGUCAAGCUAUCACACUCAAUAAUGGACAACCAAUGACACAAAAACGAUUAUUAUUGAAAGCAAUAGAGUAUGAUCCAACUUGUCCAGAUUCAUAUGAUAAUCUUGCAUCGACACUUACAACUGUCGAACAUAUUACAUUACACAAUGGACAAUCAAUGACAAAACAACAAUUAUAUUUGAAAGCAAUAGAGUAUGAUCAAACAUAUUCAGAUUCCUAUUUUAACCUUGCAUCGACACUUACAAGGAGUGAUUCAAUCAAAUUGCACAAUGGACAACCAAUCACAAAACAACAAUUAUUAUUGAAAGCAAUAGAGUAUGAUCCAACAUAUUCAUAUUCAUAUUAUAACCUUUCUAUUACUCUUAGAAAUGGCGAACCAAUUACAUUACCCAAUGGACAAUUAAUGACAAAACAACAAUUACUCUUGAAACUUGCAUCAACACUUUCAAAAAACCAAUCAAUCACACUCAAUAAUGGACUAUCAAUGACUCAACAACAACUCUACUUGAAAAAUACAUAUAAUAACCUUGCUGCGACUCUUUCAAAUGAUGAAUCAAUAACACUCAACAAUGGACAAUCAAUGACAAAACAACAAUUACUAUUGAAAGCAAUAGAGUAUAAGCCAACUAAUUCCAGACUAUACUAUAGACUUGCAUUAACUCUUACAAAAAGAAAAUCAAUUAAGUUACACACUGGACAAUCAAUGACACAAAAGCAAUUAUACCUGAAAGCAAUUGAGUAUGAUCCAAGUCAUGCAAAUUCAUAUAAUAAUCUUGCGGCGACUCUUUCAAGUGGUGGAUCAAUCACACUCAAUAAUGGACAAUCAAUGACAGAACAACAAUUAUACUUGAAAACAAUAGAGUGUGAUCCAAAACUUUCACAUCCAUAUCAUAACCUUGCAGAUACACUCUCACAUAACGAAUCAAUCAUUUUGAAUAAUGGACGAUCAAUGAAUAGAAAACAACUAUUGUUGCUCGCAAUAGAAUAUGAUCCAACUUAUGCCAAAUCUUAUUUUGAUCUUGCAAUAAUACUCUCAAGUGGUACUUCAAUCACACUACACAAUGGACAAUCAAUGACAAAACAGCAGCUAUUGUUUGAAGCACUCAGAUUAGAUGAGACAAGAUCAUUGAUUUACAAAGAAAUUGGAUUAACUCUUUUGAACAACAAAUAUACUAUUACACUUCCAGAUGGCGAACAUAUGUCAAGAAGACAGCUCCUUCAGAAAGCAAGACAAUUUAAAACAAAACGACCAAGAGAAUAA